AUGGCUCCUCCUUCUCUCCAAUUCCUGCUCUCAUCUUCUCUACUUGUGCUGCUCCUCGCUUCUCUGUCCAACGCAAAACACUCCUUCCGCCCCAAGGCACUGGUCCUUCCUAUCUCCAAAGAUGCUUCCACACUCCAAUACCUCACCCGUAUCAACCAGAGGACACCACUCGUGUCCGUCACUGUCGUCGUCGAUUUGGGAGGGCAGUCCUUAUGGGUUGAUUGCGAUCAAGGUUACAACUCAUCCACUUACUACCCGGCUCGUUGCCACUCCUCCCAAUGCUCCCUCGCUAAUUCCCUCGGGUGCAGCGAAUGCUAUUCUGCUCCUAAGCCCGGCUGCAACAACAACACCUGCGGUGUCAUCAUAGACAACACCGUCACUCGCACCGCCACCACCGGACAACUCGGUUCUGACGUGAUUUCAAUCCAAUCCACCGAUGGAUCCACCCCUGGUCGGGUGGUGACCGUAUCUAAAUUCCUCUUCGCUUGCGCCCCUACCUCCCUCUUGGAAGGCCUCGCCAGCGGCGCAAAAGGAAUGUCUGGAUUGGGUCGAACCCGCAUCUCCUUACCCUCUCAGUUCGCUUCCGCUUUUAGCUUCAACAAGACAUUCGCUAUCUGUCUCUCGUCUUCCACCUCAUCCAACGGUGUCUUAUUCUUCGGUAGUGGACCCUAUAAAUUCCUCCAGAACGUUGAUGCCUCCACGAAUCUCAUCUACACCAAACUAUACAUCAACCCCGUCAGCACCGCAUCGGCUUACUCAUCAGGUGAUGCUUCCGCGGAGUACUUCAUCGGAGUCAACUCCAUCAAUGUCAGCGGCAAUGCUGUACCACUCAACAAAUCCUUGUUGUCCAUCAACAGCAGUGAUGGCUACGGUGGGACCAAGAUCAGCACCGUCAAUCCAUACACCGUGAUGGAGACAUCAAUUUAUAAAGCCGUUACAAAGGCUUUCAUUAAGGCGGCGGUGGCCAGGAACAUCACCAGAGUUGGGGCUGUGUCACCAUUUGGGGUGUGCUUUAGCUCGCAGAACGUCGGUAGCACACGAGUUGGACCGGCGGUGCCGACGAUCGAUUUGGUGUUGGAGAGCGAGAAUGUGUACUGGAGGAUCUUUGGGGCAAACUCGAUGGUUCAGGUGGGCAAUAAUGUGCUCUGUCUUGGGUUCAUGGAUGGAGGGUCGAAUCCCAGGACAUCUAUAGUGAUUGGUGGGUAUCAGUUGGAAGACAACCUGUUGCAGUUCAAUCUAGCCAAUUCAAAGCUUGGGUUCAGUUCAUCUCUGCUCUUUAGGCAAACCACAUGCGCCAACUUUAACUUCACCUCCUCUGCUUAGUGCUUAGAACAAGCAAUUAUAUUCAUAAACCCAAAA